AGAGAGAGAGAGAGAGAGAGAGAGGGAACUGUGAACAUAAGAACAGAAUGUAGUUGAAUGCGGAAGAGUUUUCAGCAGAAAGAUUUGAUGAGAACAAAAGAUCAGAGCUAGAAGAAUUCAUCAUCAUGGAAACCCCUGACAUGUCCUCACUGAAAAUAUCUCGGCCUGAGCUGAUUGAUUUUGAGGGCAUUUCUAUGGUAAAUUUUUUCACUGACAACUGGGAAAAUGUGAAGAACUUCCAGGCGAGACCAGAUGACAUCCUAAUCGCCACUUACCCUAAAGCAGGUACCACCUGGGUUUCUUAUAUAUUGGACCUUCUGUAUUUCGGUAAUGAUGAUUCAGAUCACCAGACAUCAACGCCAAUUUACAUGAGGGUGCCAUUCCUGGAGUCAUGCUUUCAAGUUAUUCCAACAGGGACAGAACUGGCUAAUAAUCUGAAAACUUCUCCUCGCCUCAUCAAAACUCAUCUACCUGUUCAGCUGGUGCCUAAGUCUUUCUGGGAACAGAACUCAAGGGUUGUGUAUUUAGGUCGUAAUGCAAAGGACAACGUAGUUUCCUAUUUUCAUUUUGAGCGAAUGAACAUGGUACAGCCUGAACCGGGUGAUUGGAACCACUACUUACAGAAGUUUAUGGAAGGAAAAAAUGUGUUUGGUCCAUGGUACGACCAUGUCAGCGGAUGGUGGGAGAAGAAACAGACAUAUUCUAACUUACUGUACUUGUUCUAUGAGGAUUUGGUUGAAGACACAGGACGUGAGGUGGAACGUUUGUGCUCUUUCCUGGGAUUAUCAACUUCGGCUGAGGAGAGAGAGAAAAUAACAAAAGGAGUUCAUUUUGAUGUCAUGAAAAACAACAAGAUGACCAAUUAUUCCACAAUCCCAGUCAUGGACUUCAAGAUCUCACCCUUCAUGAGGAAAGGUAAAGUUGGAGACUGGAAAACUCACUUUACUGUGGCACAAAAUGAAGAGUUUGAUGAGGUCUACAAACAAAAGAUGAAGAACACCACUGUCAAGUUUAGGACAGAACUUUGAUGCUUGCUGAACUUAGCUCAACAAUAUUCACUGAAUUUGGCUCAUUUGUCUGACUAAAGGCAAAUUUUAACUCAGUUUGACCUACAGAAUAUUUUAUAUUAAAACACAAUUAUACAUUAUACCAAAGAUAGCAAGUAAACCAUAUGUUUGUAGGACAGGUGUCCAGAAGAUCAGCAUUGGGUUUGCUUGUGGAGAUACCUAUAUAGGACUCAAUCUCUCCGUCUUGCUCUCCCAAAUUCCAGUUCACUGAAGGUCCACUGUAUCUAUGGUUGAUGUUUUUUUAAAGGCCAUGGUUAAAAAAGUCAAAUUUCUAUACUUCUAUGAGAAAGAAUAUCGUUUAGAAUUUAAGGCAUAAUCUGAACUAAUUCUAGGGGUGUCUCCUACUUAGGAGAUCUAGAUUACAGAUGGUUAACAGUCCCAUUUGGUGCUCCUUCAGGUCACAAGAACUGAUUUGGGAAUUUUAUGAUUCUUUGUCUCAUUUGUGUAUAUAAGGUGGCUUGGCAAGAAUCUUCCACCCAACAGUGUGUAUUAAAUGGGGAAUUCUGUAUUCAAAGGCUCCCACACAACUGUGUAUGUAUUAAAACAUCAAUGGGGAUUCUGUAUUCAGAAUCUUUCUGCACUAUGUGUAUUCAAACAUAAGGGAAGCAUGUUUAAAACUAGGGCUGGGAAUCACUGGGUACCUCACGAUACGAUGCUGAUAGUAUCACGAUGCGCCGAUACUGCGAUGGACGAUACAUUGGUCUAUAAUAACUUGUGAUAUAUCAUGCUUUAAGAAAUAAAAACUUUUUUAUUAGGAAAAUGAAUCUCCG